ACAGAGUUAGAUCAAUGUGAAAACAAUGUGUGUAAAAAUGGUGCUACUUGUAUUAAUAAAUUUAGAUAUUACACUUGUUCCUGUGCUAAAGGAUUUACUGGUGAUACAUGUAAUAGUAAUAUUGAUGACUGUUUUAGUCAGCCAUGUUUAAACAAUGCAACGUGUCAAGAUGGAAUAAAUUCAUUUCAAUGUACAUGUCAAUCUGGUUAUACUGGUAAGAACUGUGAGACAGAAAUAGAUCUAUGUACUCAUGAUUAUUGUGAACAUGGUGUCUGUGUACAGAAACAUGGUGUUUUAUCUUGUCAAUGUUUUAAUGGUUACCAAGGAGAUAGGUGUACAAGUGAAAUCAAUGAAUGUGUUGAAAACAAUGUACUAUGUUUACAUGGUGGAAUUUGUAAAGAUCUAUUAGAUGAUUAUAUAUGUGACUGUUCAGAUACAGGAUUUACAGGAACACAUUGUGAAAAAAAUAUUGAUGAUUGCUGUGAUUGUAGUUGUUUAAAUGGAGGAACGUGUAAUGAUUUCAUAAAUGGCUUUGAUUGUACUUGUGCUGAAGGGUUUACUGGUACAAGGUGUGAAACUAUGGUAUCAUAUUGUUAUUCAAGUCCUUGUGAACAUAAUAGUAUAUGUACUGAUAAACCUAAUGGUUUUACUUGUACAUGUAAGCCUGGUUAUGAAGGUAUAUUAUGUCAAAAUGAAAUAGAUGAAUGUGAAAACCAGCCAUGUUUAAAUCAAGCAACAUGUUCAGAUAAUAUUAAUUAUUAUAACUGUUCAUGUCCAUCAGGUUUUACUGGUAAGAACUGUGAUGUCAAUAUUGAUGACUGUUUACAAUCUAGAUGUAAUAUUGCUGGUACAGAUUAUUGUGUUGAUGGUAUAAACAACUAUCAAUGUGUUUGUUUACCAUAUUGGACAGGUGAUCUAUGUGAGAAUAAGAUAGACCAGUGUGUAACAGAACCAUGUUAUAAUAAUGCUACCUGUACAUCAAUAGAUAAUGCUUAUAGAUGUACCUGUCUACCAGAUUACACUGGCUCUACAUGUUCAGUACAAAUAGAUGAUUGUUUAGAUAAACCUUGUUUACAUAAUGGAAUCUGUUUUGAUGAUAUUAAUAACUAUACAUGUAAUUGUGCUGAUGGUUUCAAAGGUAGAAAUUGUGAAAUUAACAUCAAUGAAUGUGAUCCCAACCCUUGUAAGAAUGAUGCUAAAUGUUCAGACUUGAUCAAUGGAUUCACUUGCAGAUGUGAAGCUGGAUGGAAUGGUACACUAUGUGAUAUUAAUAUUGAUGACUGUACAAGUCAACCCUGUUUUAAUAAUGCUACUUGUGAUGAUCUUAUCAAUGAUUUCUCAUGUAAUUGUACAGAAGGAUAUGAUGGUAAAACCUGUGAUAAUAAUAUAGAUGAUUGUUAUCUACAACCAUGUAAGAAUGGUGGCAGUUGUACUGAUUUAAUAGGAAACUAUAGUUGUCAAUGUCUAGAGGAAUAUGAAGGUCAUCAAUGUGAAUUCAAUAUAGAUGAUUGUAUAUACAAUAAUACAUGUUUAAAUAAUGCUACAUGUAAAGAUGGGUGGAGAGAUAUAACUUGUCAAUGUACACCAUAUUAUACUGGUGAUGACUGUGGAAAAGGUACUGAUACAUAG